AUGUGGAAUGACGAGGAUAACAAUCCAUAUGGGGCAUUCGACCACCAUGAGCCCCACAUAUCGGACUCGCUCCACUCCUCUGCCCUCACCCCUCCUGUGUACGAGCAUGAUUCAACACCGCCGUCCAGCCGUGACUCCAACCUCGAUCCACCAGACUAUAUCUCACACCCAGAGGAUCUGAGCGAUCCGGAGGAGGACGAUUAUGGCGCCGCAAGCCAGCAGUACCCGCGGAAGAGUACCUACGAUAGUCGCAUCGAGCAGAUCCUCUAUGAGAACCCGGAAAUGCCGAUUCUAAUCACGGAUGCUGGGAAAAAUCACGAGGGGGGUGGUAGCUUUAUUGUCUACACCAUCCGGACUGCGGACCUGGAGGUUCGUCGUCGAUAUUCGGAGUUUGCGUCGCUGCGCCAGACCCUGGUUAAUCUUCAUCCCACUCUCAUUAUUCCACCCAUUCCCGAGAAGCAUAGCAUGGCCGACUACGCCGCGAAGCCCACCAAGGCCAAGGAAGAUACGGCGAUCAUUGAAUUGCGAAAGCGCAUGCUGGCCGUGUUCUUGAAUCGAUGUCGCCGCAUGAAAGAGGUUCGGGAGGAUGGAGUGUGGUGGCGCUUCCUGGAUCCGAACGUCAGCUGGAGCGAGGUUUUGCACUCUCAUCCGGCUUCCUCCGUCCCCAAGAAUAAUCUCAAGGCCCCUCCUCUCGACCCCGCGAACCCCACACAAGCUCAUAGCUGGCUCCCUGUUCCCUCUUCGUCUGCAAAACUAAAGCAUGGCGGCGGCGCGGCCUCCGCAACUGGAGGCUCACCCACAUCCCCCGGUGACACGACUGACGGCCCUGGGCCGCCUGUGGCGGGCCCCGAGGUUUUUGGUCGUUUCCCACCAGAGUCGCGCAAGCUGAGCGAACAGGAGCUCGAUCCGUACUUUGUGAACUUCGAGGCAUCUACCCGGGAGUUGGAAUUGCUGUUGCAGGGCAAUAUCGAGAGGGUAAACCGACGGACACUGUCGCACCUCUCCUCUCUAUCUGCCGAUCUGAUGGAACUGGGAGCGCGCUACAAUGGAUUCUCCCUAUCUGAGCAAUCCCCAACCGUGGCUGCUGCAAUCGAGCGCAUUGGCCAGGCAGCCGAUACGUCCUACAUUGAGACCGAAGAGCUUUCCAAUGCAUUGAGUGCCAGCUUUGCGGAGCCGAUGCGGGAGAGUGCUCAGUUCGCGAGUGUAGUUCGUAAUGUACUACGGUAUCGGGUCCUGAAGCGUGUGCAAGAAGACAUGACCCGAGAUGAGCUGGCUAAGAAGAAGACUCUACUGGACUCACUUGAGCGCAGUGAGCUCGAAGCCAAACGUAUUGAGCAAUAUCUCAACCGCACGACCUCUCAGUCAGGUGGCCCCAGGUCACAGCGAUCUCUCUCUACUUCCUCCGCCGUCAGCAGCGAAGGUGGCAGCAUGACAGAGGCCUCGCCCGACUCCGAGUUCCCAUCCACGCACGGCGAGUCGAUCGGCAACUCAUCCCCACCGUCUACAAGCCCCGCAUACAAGAGACCCGAGCUCUCGCCAUCGUCCUCUCCGGCACACCGCAAGACGUCGAGUGGGAACUUUGUGACGAACAAGAUCUUCGGUCGCAUUAGCCACGCUAUUCACGGCUUUGCCGAUGUCGAUCCCGAACGCACUCGCCGCGACCAGAUCGGUAAAACCAAAGAAAGUCUUAUCCAGCUGGAGCAAGCACUUGAGGUAUCGGAGAAGGAUGUCAAGGACGCGAGUGCAGGCGUACUGCACGAUCUGCAACGGUUCCAGAAGGACAAGGAAGCUGAUCUCCGGCGCUACAUGGUCGCAUACGCGCGCUGCCACUUGGAUUGGGCGCGGAAGAAUCUUGAGACCUGGACCGAAGCCAAAGACGAGGUGGACAAGAUCGUUGCGCGGUAG